CUCACUGCUGAGCACAACUCCGUCUAGAAGCACGCUGGAAGACACUUCUGCGCCCAGGAUGAAGCUGACUUUAAGCAGUCUGGCUGUCUUUGUGGCCUCUUUUGGGGUCCUCAGCUUUGUUUGCCUGGUUCUUGCCAUCGGAACUGAUUUUUGGUACAUCAUUGACACCUCGAAGAGGGAGAGCAACUCCUCUGUGUCACUGAGCUCACAUUCAGGACUGUGGAGGACUUGCAACCUUCAUAACCAGUGCUGGCCGUUUAUGAACCCGUUUAGAAAUGGAAGAAACUUCACAGAUUCCCAGAGGCAGAUACUGAACAUGCAGGGGGCAUUCAUGGUGCUGCUGCCCCUCAGCGUGAUCGUGUUGUUUGUCGGGGGGAUGCUGGGGGUCAUGAGCAUGCUGGCCCGGGCCCACCCGCUGCUACUAGCGACGGGACUGCUGCUGAUGUGUGGCGCUGUCUUCACGCUGGCUGGCCUCUGCGUGUACGUGGCCUACUCCGCGGCGGCCUUCAAAGAAGCCGUGUGCAUCUCUGGACACAAAACCCUGGAGGACAUCAACAUCUACUUCGGCUGGUCGCUGGUACUCGCUGCCAUCUCCUUCAUCAGCGAGCUCCUCACAGCCAUCGCUUUCCUGGUGGCCUCGGCGCGUGUGGGUCAGCUCACGCAACAAGACGAGGACAGCUAUCCGGGAGAGUGAGAAACGCUGGAGGAACCAGACUAAAACCAUGUUAAAGCACAUCUGCUUUCAGACCAGAACAGCUUUACAGCAGGUUUUUACUGUUUACAUCUGAUUGUGCAGUUAAUCCUCUUCACACGGUCAGAGGUGAGGUGUUCUACUCGUGUUGUUGUAUCGAAUAACAGCACAUUUUAUCAUCAUACCUGUAUCGUUCCACUGGCCAACAGUUGCUAAGUAACGACAAUGGUCACUGUUUAAGCUGCUGGAACUACUUUCUUGGUGGAAAACAUUGUAAAUAUUAAGAACGUACAUUUGAAACAGAGCUUCUUUGCUGUAUUGUCCUUACUUGUUAGUAUAAAAGCUGUUGUGUAAAUGCAAAAGAACACGAGGUUCUUUGUUAUUGCAAAUAACAUCACAGCUGGGUGAUGCGACCAAAUCACAGCCAAGAUGUUACUCUGCCUCGCGUGUUCUGUAGACCUCUGCAUAAUAUUAAAGACUCUCUGUUUUUGCCUAUGGAAAAAAUGAACGAUGUACAUUUUAACCCUGAAUCCUCUGAAUUAUAAGUAGUCAAAAUACAGUAACACUUUACU